AUGGUUUACUGGCAACCGUCUCUCACGGAGAAGGACCGCGAAGACUACCUGAAAGCGUUCGAGGAAUUUCUGGGUCAUUCGACUACGACCAGGCAUGCCUUCCAAUCAGGGCUUAACUGGCAUCGAUCCACGCGAGCCAUCAACAACCCCAAUUGUGCGUGGGAUGUCGAUCAUCCCCAGCGACCAGAAGAGCAGCGAUCUCAGAUGGACGCUGAAAUCAUUCGGCGGCUGGAGAUCGCGCGCCACGUGCAAGACAAGAUUCGUGCCGCGCCUGCGGCAGGUGAUAUUGAUCAGCACGAGCUCCCGGAAUGGACGGAGGCAGAACUUCGCAACUUUUCCUACAACAUGAUGCAGUUUUCUCUUUUCUUCUGCACGAGCCUUUCGAAAUUGGAGUAUUCUAUGGAAGACGCUCCAAGCUGGUGGUGUACACAAAUGAGAGGCGUCGAGUCUGCACUAGCCCACUUCCUUCAAAAGAAUUAUCCCCACCUUGAGGACGAAUCAGGUUCGGAGCCUGAAUCUCAAGCUCCCUAUACUCCCAGGAGACAGGCCGCAGCCACAGGGGCCAUCGGCCGAAGUGUUGCCCAGCGACAAGCGGCCAGAGACCGUGAUGGCAACCGGUGCAUCUUUACAGGAUCCUCAUCGGUGGAUGUCUGUCACAUCUGGCCCUUCGCCGUCAACAAUUCUCCCGGAAAAAGGAAGACCCUGCGACGAACGUUGACAUUUUUCACCUUGGUCGCCUUCCCUGGAAGCGGUUUCACAAACCUCAAGCGCCUGCUAUGCCCCAGCGACGACAUCGCAAGCUCCGACAAGGCCUGGAACAUGCUAACAAUGGCCCCAACACAACACCGCGACUGGUCCAAGGUCCGAUUCGGCUUGAAAUUCGUCGACGGCUCGGUGAAAGCAUUGGGUGUAAACGCAGCACACGGCGACGGCGCUCGUCACGCUGGACACAAGAAGAAAGCAACCGAAGAAGCCCCGGAGACGCCCGAGGCAAAAGUUGGCAGGCCGUCGAGAACCGAGAGCAUCAGUUCCCGGCCCAGAAGGACGGGUGCACCAGAAGAAGCCUCUGGUCCCAGCACCCAGGACAACGACGCAUCUGAGUGGUCCAGCUACUCGGUCGAGCUGCAUUGGCUGCCGAGGCGUAUUGUGGAGGCGCUCAGUAAGCAUACCACCGAUUCCGGCAGCGACCUGUGCUACAACAAGAUCAAAAUCGAUUCCGAUGAAGAGGCAGAGUCGUUGAGAGCUACACUGAGCGACAUCUUCGCAAACAAAUACUCCACAGACAAAGACACGACAGACGAGGACAUCAAAGGGAAAGGACCCGCCGACGUGGAUGAAGCCCCUCCCCAGGCUCUCAUGUGGGAUUCUUCGGGCCGGCCGGUCGAGUCUGGCCACGUUUUUACCCUCCGAGCUGCCACCGCCGAUAUGGCGAAGACCGAGGCGAUGAUUCGGACGCAAUGGCUGAUGCUCAAGAUAGCCGCGUUGUCUGGCGCUGCCGAAGCAGUGGAUCGUUUGAACAGAAAGCCACCAAUGCCCCCCAGAGUGGGAACUUUCAAGACCAACGCCCAAGGCGAAUGUGAGUAUAUCCCACGGUCACCUGUGCAGACGACCCCGCAGGCCGAAGCCCACGAGACGAAGAAGGAAGAAGAUACCAAGAUGCAGAUUCUCACAGACGAAUGGCUCGAAGCGGCUCAAGCGGAAAAGCUGGCGACUCUGACCGAGACGGAGAUGAUCACAUCCAACAUGCCCGAAGAGGCUAUCACAUCCAAUGUGCCCGAAGAGGCUCAAGUGGAGGAGCUGGCGAUUUCGACCGAGACGAAGAACCCCGGGUCCAAAGAGGCACGCAAGGAACCGUCGACGACCAUCGCUGAGACGGAGACUCUGUUACAUGAAGACCCUGCAGCCCCAACGCGGACCAAGCGAGCCAAGGAACACGUCAAGACGCUCGCCCACAGGGCCAUGUCCAUGCUGAGCAUGCGGUCCAGCGCGCAACACGAGAAGCGGUCGGCGAAGCCCGGCGACCCGCAACACGAAAAGCAACCGGCCAAGACGGGAGUCUUGCAGGCGGUGGAGGCGGGAGGAGAGACUGUGUCCCAGGCCAAGGUGCCAGAGCGGGUCUCCAGUCUUGCCACUGGGCAGCCCGCAGGCGAAAGAAAGGCAUCGGGUCUUGUGGGCAGAAUGCGUGCGGCGUCGAGCGAAGUGCACAAGCUUGCGGAUCGAACCAAGUCUCUCAUGAAGAAGUGA